CACCGCUUACGUAAGCCGAUCAUGCGCCGCCGCCGUCCCAAAGUUCCAAUGUUGGCUGGGCUGGGCUCGUCAUCGUCCCGUGGGAAUUUUGAGACGUCGGGAGCCUUACGACUCUGGCCCUACACAGCCACGCCUGUCGCCCUAUUCCUUUACCUUGUCGAACGCGGAGAUUGAGGCGCAAGGGCUAGCGGUUAAUCGCGUCGUCCACGUCGGCAUUGCUGAGCCCAUCCCAACAUGCGGCAAUGAGCAACUGACCACCUCUUGCUUUCGAACACGUCAGCCGCAACCAACUCUCCACCCCUCUCCACCCUCACCUUCACCAUUCCUUUCCCUCGACGCUCCGAACAGAUGGCCACUACCGACGGUGCCUCUCUUCGGCGCUGGUUCCUCUCUCUCCCACCCGUGGAGUAUCUCCUCCAACACGUCCGCGAACUCCUCAUCGGCUCGCUCAAAUGCGGGCCUAUUCCCAACCACAUUGCCUUUGUGAUGGAUGGCAACCGGCGAUGGGCACGGGACCACAAACUCGAGACGGUCGAAGGGCACAACAUGGGCUUCGAGGCACUCGCCCGCGUGCUCGAGGUGUGCUACAAGAGCGGCGUGAAGUACGUCACCAUCUACGCCUUCAGCAUUGAGAAUUUCAAAAGGAGCAAGUACGAGGUUGACGGAUUGAUGGAUAUGGCCAAGACAAGAUUGGUGCAGAUGAGCCAACACGGCGAGCUAUUUGAUCGAUAUGGUGCCUCCGUACGUGUGCUUGGGGAUCGGAGUCUGGUGCGGGCGGAUGUGUUGGAGCAGGUCGAUCGCGCGGUGGACAUGACGAGGGAGAAUGAUCGCGCCGUCUUGAAUGUGUGCUUCCCCUACACGGGCCGGGAAGAGAUUACGCACAGUAUCAGGGAGACAGUCAAAGAAUACUCCGUGCCGCCCGAGCGACCCAAGGAAAAGCGGGCAUUCAGUGAGAGUCAGAUCCAGAGGCAUCUCCGCACCCGGCAGCUGGCCAGUGUGGCCGAAGAAGGAGAGCAGCAAUACCUCACUCCACCAAAUACUACGGGCGGGUUGAGCAACGCUUCCGAUGCCGACUCCACGGAAGCCUCCGAACAAGAAGAUCUCGACAGCUCCUCCGUCCUACAGCCCGCCUCAUCACAGACGUCCAACUGCGCAUCUCCCACGUUGAAACCGACCACGCCACUCUCGCCAGACAAUUCCUCUUGGCGGCUCAAAAGUGCGGCGUCGUCCUCACACCUCCCCGACCCCGAGACCAUCACCACCGACACUCUCACCAAGAACACCUACAUCGAUGCUCCUCCGCCCGAGCUACUCAUUCGCACGUCGGGAGUGAACCGGCUGAGCGACUUCAUGCUGUGGCAGUGCCACGAGACGACGGAGAUCAAAUUCUUGGACUGCAUGUGGCCGGAAUUUGAUCUGUGGCACUUCCUCCCGGUGCUGGUGGAGUGGCAGUGGAGGCAACGACAUAAGCAGAGGCAGGAGGGGAGAGUGGAGGGAAGCACGGAUGGAAUCAAGUCGGCGUAGAAGUUAGAAGUCCCUGGGAUGGAGGGUAGUACCUGGGUGACUUGGACUCGCACUCCUGGGGAUAGGUCGUUGUCGCGAGGGUCAGCGUGGAGUCUCUGAUAGAUGAUUCCCUACUUCAUACAUUCUGGAUGCUCCUAAAGCACCAAACACCGAACCCUGUUAACUUGCUCA